CGUGGUAUUGUGAAACGUUGUGAAACAUGCAAUGGUGAUGUCACCGAUGGUAUUCAGAACUAUGAUGAUGUCACCAUCACACAUACUACGUCACGACAGGACGAGUGCGGCAUGCAGUAGCUUCUCGUCAAUAAUUGUCGUCGGAUUGUCAUUUCGAUUGUGUGGUCCAUGAGCAGGUGACAAAAUUUGUUGUGUACAAGAAAAAUUGCUGUGGUUUCUUGACUGACACGUUGAUGUUGCCUUCCUUAAUGACAUGUCUGUUUUGUGUUGACUGUCAACGUCAGUGUAUUAGUACCGGUAAAUCAUGGAAUGUAACACAAAAAAUAAUUAAGCUCAGUACGUUUACAAAACAUUAAGUAAUUAAAUUUUGAGUGUAUACAUGUUUUUUCAUGAGGCUUAAUGUGUACCGCGUUUGUCACUAUAUAAUAAGUGAAAAUUAAUAGACUGCAAUGAUGAUGUCUAUUCCUGUAAUGAAAAUUAAAUAUUAGUCCGCUCGUACGCAGUACUCUACAUUGUUCAUUUAAAUUACAGGAGAUAUUCAACAACUUUGUGACAUCUGCAGCCCCUGUCUGGUAUGGGGUUACAUCUCAGUAUAGACAGAGUUCCUGGUGCUGAUCGUAUGGCUGAUUGGCGUAAUCAUGGUGAAGAUGAAGCAGAACGUGAAUAUAUGGAAUCAGGAGCUGAUGUCAUUGAAUACUAUCCAUCAUAUGUUGAAUCAGAAACUGAUGGUAACUUGGAAUUAUUUACCCGCAAAUGGUGUGAGAACGGACCAACAGUUGGUGCCUUUGCUGACUGUGGGAAUAAUGGAAGAAUCAUUGGAGGAGAAAAUGUACCAGAAGAAAUUUUGUCUUUGAUACUCAGUCAUGUAGAUUCAAAAUCUCUCCCAAAUUGUCGGCUGGUUUGCCAAAGAUGGAAAAAUAUAAUAGAUUUAGAUAUUUGGAGAUUUAAAUUGGAGAAGAAGGUAUACAGACAAUUGACAAAUUUGUUACACAAUAUAAGAUCACCUUUCCCUAUAAUAUACAGAGUAUUUAAACACAAGUCAUUCAAUAGAAACUUGAUCAAGAACCCAUCUGGAGAAGAAAAAUUGUGUCACUGGGAAAUUCUUAAGAAUGGAGGUGAUGGUUGGAAAAUUGAGGAACCUCCAAACGGGGCAGAUGAAUUACCAUUUGAUGAGAAUUUUCCUACCACAAGUUGCUUUUCUACUUCAUACAUUCGUUGCACAAAAGUACAGCUUAUUGAUCUCUGGGCAGAGGGAUUAUCUCCUAUUAUUAUGGAUGAAUUGAGGCCUACAAUUUAUGUUAGUGAGUGGUAUGCUGCAAGGUAUGAUUGUGCAUCUACAUACACACUGUAUGUGACUCUCUUGAAUAGAAACCAGCAAAAACUUCUUGCCUUCAAACAGACAAAAAGAGUGGAACAGUGGCUGGGCAGUGAGUGGAAUAAGGUUGAGCAUGAAUUCAAGAAUUAUUGUGAAGGUGUUCGUUACGUAAAAUUCUUCCACAGUGGAUGUGAUUGUCAGUUCUGGAAAGGUCAUUAUGGAAGUAAAAUGAGUAGAGCUUGUGUCAGAGUUGUUUUGUAACAUUCAUCAGUGUAAUACAUCUCAUUGUUGUGUGAUUACAAAGUAAAAGAUAUGUUAGAAAUGUUACUGAAAUAUGAAAGGGACAGAUGUAAGUAACUUCAUGGAGUUAAUACAUUUGAUGUUAAUAUUGAUGUUGAUAUUGAUAUUGAUGUUUCCUUUAUGCUGUGUUAUGAUGUGUACAUGUAACGAAAGAUGUGAUAAUUUUAUAUCUGUGUAUAGUUUCUUGCGUGAAAAUGUGAUUUAUUUCUUAAUUUGUUUCAUUAAAGUUUCAUGUUAAUUACUGUUAAAAUAUGUAUUUGUUUGGAUCAUUAUUGGCUUUACUGUACUUAAGUUUUCCUUAGCAACAAUUUCAAAGUGAAAACAAAAACAAUGAAUUGAAACAAUUUAUAAAUGUCCAAACGAGUUUGAAUGUGGGAAUUCUUAAUUGAAAUGCACACACUAUUCAGCAAUUUCUAAAUCAAAUUUUUGUUUCUUGGUUUUAAGUUGUUGUUUUUAAUUAUUGUACACUGAUGAAAUUGUUCAGAUAUUUGAAGGAAUAUAACAUUGUUUGUCUUGUAUUGUUUUAAAUAAAAUCAAUAAACUAAGUUUAAUAUAAUUAUUAAAAA